UGAUUUUGGAAUGUUGUGUGUGGUGGAGAGAGAGGGCUUCCUUCUAUGUAUAAACCUUUCACAAGAUGACGUUAUUUCUACUCUUUGCCUUUAUUUUAUCAUGCACAAAAUUUGCUGCGAGUCAGUUAGUUGUGAAUGUUAAAAAUAAAGGUGGAGAUUUAAUCCAAGAGAACAUUCAAGCUGAUAUUCAGAACGAUUUAGUGAGGCUAAACUUUCAAAGGCUAGACGGAACACUUGUUUCAAAUUUAAUCGAUUUCAAAGCGGAAACAAAGAUACAGCGUUUAAUGAUAUUGGGUGAGCAAGAGAGGGAGGAGAGCCGAUAUCAAGUGAUUUGUUUUGUUAGCAAAUUCAACAGAAAUGAUUUUAUUUCAUCAGACUCAAUGUCAAAGCUUAGACAGAAAAAUCCUGGUACAAUCCGAACACCAGAGGAAGAUCUAGGCAUUGAGGACCACAUUAUGAAUAUUGCCAUUGACCCACGGAGGUCAAGUCAGUUCAGCAAACACAUUGAGAAUAUGUGUUCUGAGGCAAAAUCAAGUACAUACACAAGUGUACUGGACAUCAAAGGAUGGUCAAAAGGCAGUAAUAUAACUUAUCAGGGACUUAUGAACUUUGCUCAGAGGCUAAACACAGAGAAAAUUUCCAGCUGUGCCAGCUUGAGUGGAACUUCUGCACCGUGUGCCUGUACAUUGGAUAUUUGCAUCGGCUGGUAUCCGUGUGGAUUAAAAUAUUGCCAUGGAAGAGAUGCUGGCGGGAAGAUAAUGAAUUACCGUUGUGGCAUCAAAACGUGCAGCAAAUGCCAUCAUUUUACGUACAAAGUUCAACACAGGAAUCUCUGUUUAUGGGGCGUGUAGAAUGAAUGAUGUUGAUUGUUGGCAAUAUAAAUCAUAUUCUGUGCAUAAAGCAGGAAUGUUGUUAGUUUUUUUUUGUAACAUUAUUUAAAUUUUAUUAAUGUUUUUGCAAGCAACUACUGUACACUACGUCAUUAUAUUAGUGAAUAUUCGUGGUACAUCUUGGGAUACAAGUCAAAUCCAAAACGAAAAAUUAUUGGACUUUCAGAUCAUUUAUGUAAAAUAAGAUUCGACUUAAAAUUAUUCGAGAUGCAAAGUCGAAUUAGGCAAGUUUUACCAUAGUUAUACCAACUGUUAACGUUUCGGCUGACGACCCAAACAAGCGACCCACUUCCUCUGUAUCAUUAACUGAUGAAAGUAAAAAUAUUGCAACUCAUAGUUUGAGAAAGUCUGCUGGAAAAGUAGAGUUGUUCUCAAUUGUUACUUUGAGUAAGGCCAAUAAAAAAAAAAAUUCUUGUGUUGGCCACGUUUUGGUAAAAUCCAAAAAAUGGGUAGGUCAGUAGGAAAAGUUGUGUUUUAAAUUUUUAUUUAAUUUUAAUUUUUUAAUGGCGACUAAAAUGCCAACUCUCAAUUUUGAACAUUUUGGGUCAACACAAUAAUUUUUUUAUUUGGCCUUAUUUAUGAGGUGUACCGCAAACAUGUGUUAUUGUAAUGUUAAUGUGUUAUUUUAAUACUGUAUUGAUUAUAGAGCUGAGACUGGCUGUAUAAAACUGUCUCAGAUUUAUAGCUUUCUGUUUAAACUGAUUGUAGUAAAAAACAUAUCAAUAAAUAUGUGCAUUCUUAUUACUUAUGUUUUUAAUGUUAAAAAUAGUAGAGUACAAUAUAAUACAGAUGACAUACUUCUGGACAUUAUAGCAGAAGAUGCAAUUUUACAUUUCUAUAUUAUCAAAUAUUGUUGAUACCAAAAUAUGAAGGAUAAUCCAUCUCUACAUGUAUGUAUCUAAUUCUAAUAUAAAACAAGAUUGUACAUGAAAGUCUAGAGGACAAUGAAUGUUUUAAAGAAAGGAUCUGUACAGUAUAUG